UCCAGAGGUCCGCGGCUCCAGGCCCCGCCCCCUGCCCGGCUGCACAAGGCGUCCUCUGGCCAGGCCCCGCCCCCAACCCGGUCGCUCCAGGCCCCGCCCCGCCCCCUCUGUGCGCGCUCCGCUCGGCAGCCUGUGGGACGCGACCGCGGCGCCAGUCUCGUUCCUUUGUGCUUCGGCGGCGGCGGCUUCUCGAGUCCUCUCCGACGCGUCCUCUGGGCUAGACAGCCCCGCGCUCUCCAGUGACGGACCAUGUCGGCGGCGGGAGCGGGCGCGGGCGUGGAGGCGGGCUUCUCCAGCGAGGAGCUGCUCUCGCUCCGCUUCCCGCUGCACCGCGCCUGCCGCGACGGGGACCUGGCCACGCUCUGCUCGCUGCUGCAGCAGACGCCGCACGCCCACCUGACCUCUGAGGACUCCUUCUAUGGCUGGACGCCCGUACACUGGGCCGCGCACUUCGGCAAGUUGGAGUGCUUAGUGCAGCUGGUGAGAGCUGGAGCCACACUCAAUGUCUCUACCACGCGGUACGCGCAGACGCCAGCCCACAUUGCGGCCUUUGGGGGACAUCCUCAGUGCCUGGUCUGGCUGAUUCAAGCAGGAGCCAACAUUAACAAACCGGAUUGUGAGGGUGAAACUCCCAUUCACAAGGCAGCUCGCUCUGGGAGCCUAGAAUGCAUCAGUGCCCUUGUGGCGAAUGGGGCUCACGUCGACCUGAGGAAUGCCAGUGGCCUGACAGCAGCAGACAUUGCACAAACCCAGGGUUUCCAAGAGUGUGCCCAGUUUCUCUUGAACCUCCAGAAUUGUCAUCUGAACCAUUUCUAUAACAAUGGCAUCUUAAAUGGGGGUCAUCAGAAUGUAUUUCCUAAUCAUAUUAGUGUGGGAACAAAUCGAAAGAGAUGCUUGGAAGACUCAGAAGCCUUUGGAGUAAAGAAAGCUAGAACUGAAGCUCAAAGCUUGGAUUCUGCCGUGCCACUCAUGAAUGGCGACACAGAAGACGAUGCUGACAAAAUGCACGUUGAUAGGGAGUUUGCUGUUGUAACAGGUGUAUUUCUUAAUGCAGAUAUGAAAAACAGUAGCUCCGUAUCGAAUACAUUGACAAAUGGAUGUGUCAUCAAUGGACAUUUGGACUUCCCCUCCACGACCCCGCUCAGUGGGAUGGAAAGCAGGAAUGGCCAGUGCUUGACAGGAUCUAACGGAAUUAGCAGUGGAUUAGCCCCAGGACAGCCGUUUCCAAGUAGCCAGGGUUCUCUCUGCAUUAGUGGGACUGAGGAGCCAGAGAAGACCCUGAGAGCUAACCCUGAGUUGUGCGGUUCUCUGCACCUGAACGGGAGUCCAAGUAGCUGUAUAGCCAGUAGGCCUUCCUGGGUGGAAGACAUUGGGGAUAACCUGUACUACGGACACUACCACGGGUUUGGGGACACUGCCGAAAGCAUCCCGGAACUGAACAGUGUGGUCGAGCAUUCCAAGUCUGUGAAGGUGCAGGAGCGGUACGACAGUGCCGUGCUGGGCACCAUGCACCUGCACCACGGCUCCUAGAGACACUGGCCUGGCUCUUGGAAAUGCAGGAGUCCUUCCUGGUAGCCAGCUCAGAACACCGAUGUAGCAGCAAUUUGAACGAAUGUCACAACUUGUACUAUUUUUUUUUAUACUUUAACUUUCUGAAAAAGUAAACUUCGACAAGUUCCCAGCGACUGCUUGCUUGUGCAUGAGUAGGGCUUACUAAGUGCAUAGAUGUUUCUACAGUGAGGUGUCCUUUUUAUAAGAUGUACUUUUGGAGUUUUUCUGAUGCCAGUCCCAACAUUGUCUUUUUAAUACUGUCACCAGAUAUUGCCGUUUUUCCUUUUGUUAAAACGUUAUAUGAUCAAGAUAAAUUGGGGCGGUAAAUGAGGUGCCUGGUAAUUUAUCUCUUUGCACAUGGGCAUCAUUUUAAAAAGCUUUUGCUUCCACUGUUUUCUGUAGAAUUUGACAGAACCCAACUAUUUCCCUAUGCAAGGUACAGCCUUACAAAGAUUUCUGCAGUGAUUUGUGUGAAGAAGAGAACGUUUGUCUUUUUCAGUGAAGCUUUGCAGAUCACCAUGUGGUUGAAGGUUUUAGUUGUAGACGGUGGUCCCUCCUUGGUGGAGAUCACUGCCUUGGGCUUCAUGAAAGCAGGCCCAGCCUGGGGCUGCGUUCUGAUUCACUCUUUUUAAUUCCACAUUUCCUACUUGGUCUCUGGAAAUUUUACCACACGUAACAGAUUCCUUUAUAUGUAGUGGAAGUUACUAUUUGUAGGAACUGUCAGGUCAAAGUAUUUAACUGACUUUUGACAUGUAUUUUCUUUUUUCCUUGUUUUUGUUUUUUGGGGUUUUCUGCUUUAAGAUAUAUACCACUAUGUAUAUCCAGUUAACUGAGAGAAUUUUUACUCUCUUCAUAAAACUGCAUUAAGUUUUUGAUUUUGUAGAACUUAGCUUUGGUCUAGGCAACUAGUGGUUAUACUGUGCAAAUAUUGUAAUGAAUUUUUACUUUUUUGAUUUUUGUAAUAAAAAUUGGUGCAGAUAGAGAAAAUGUCAAACGAACAAACCAGUGUUCUAAGAGUGUUACUAACAUUUUGUUUUGAAACUGUCCUUCACAAAUUGAAUAAAAAACUCUCACACACUCA